AUGUUCUUCAAGCAGUACAACUACAAGCCGCGCAGCAACAGCCAGUCCUCGCAGGGCUCCGCUGCCGGCAGCCCGCCCAAGGACGACACCAAGGCCACCACCACUACAGGUCCGGCCGCCAGCGCUGCCAUUGCAGGGCGAAGACGGUCUUCCGCGUCGGCCGAAAAGUUCGCCGGCCUCACGGGCCAGAAGCGCGCCAGCCAGGACGACCGCAAGGCCAGCUGGAACGACCAGAAGCCCGGCCAGCCCGGCAUCCUGGGCGGCAUGUGGCAGAACUUCACCAAGGGGUCUUAG